AUGGCUUCUGCUUGCGUUAAAAAUGUCAGUGUUACUCAAGAGUUUCCUACUUACGGAUGUUUCAAUCCACGAGCUUCUUUCAGCCGUGAAGACUCUCGGAGUUCUGGAUCCGCCGUACCGGAAAUUCAGAAACAGAUUCCGUCGUCGUCGGAGGAGGAGGAGGAAACACUCGGUGGUGCUGGCGAUUUCGAGUUUAGACUUGAGGAUCCCGUUGAGAUGCUUCCCGCCGACGAGCUUUUCUCCGAUGGGAAACUGGUGACGACGGAGAUCAUCGGGAAAUGCAGAAGGUCUAUGGAAGUAACGGAGAUGGAGAUUUCUUCGUGCUUGUUUUCUCCUAAAGCUCCUCGGUGUUCGAGUAGGUGGAGAGAGUUAUUAGGUCUCAAACGAUUCUCUCAAAACAACAAAUCCGUAUCAACGACGAAUCCGAAUCCGAAUCCGAGAUCGUCUACUUCUUCGUUGAAGCAAUUCUUACAUCGGGGCUCUAAAUCGUCUUCUUCUUCCUCUGAUGCUUCGUUACUAAGUCUUCCUCUAUUGAAAGAUUCCGAUUGUGAAUCUCUCUCAAUCUCCUCUUCUCGUAUGUCUCUCUCAUCUUCUUCCUCAGGUCAUGACCAUGAAGAUCUCCCUAGACUCUCUCUCGAUGCAGAGAGAGAGAGACCUAACCAUAUCAUUAACUACACAGCGAAUCCGUUUGCUCCUGCUCGUAGCUUAAACCCAAAUCCACCGAGAAUGAGAUUAGUCAAGCCUCGUGAAAGUAACCAUAGAGUAGGACGAAGCCCGAUGCGUCGUUMUGGAGGAGGAGGAGCAACACAAUCAUCGAUAAUGAGCAGAGGAGUCUCUGUAGACAGUCCAAGACUAAACUCGUCAGGUAAAAUCGUGUUUCAAAGCUUAGAACGAAGCUCGAGUAGUCCGAGUAGCUUUAAUGGUGGAACGAGUGGGUAUAGACACAGAGGAAUGGAGAGAUCGUAUAGCUCGAACGUGAGAGUAACUCCGGUUUUGAAUGUACCCAGGAUCAUCGUCUCACGGUGGUAUCAGUAG